AUGAAAUCGUGCAGAUGCUUGAGGUGCUCUUGGCCGCCCAUUGGGAGUGCCACAUCUCUGACAGCGACGGCGCUGAUGGAUUUGUCCAGAAGUCCAUUGUAUCUCCACAUUGAUAUUCAAGCCCAUAAGUCCACGCUCAUUGAAAAUGCGGAAAAAAGGCAGGAAAAUUGCAUGGAAGAGAUAUUACAAUCAGUGAAGGAUAAACUGGACGUAGAAAUUAAUCCAUCUUCUGUGGAAAGUUGUUUUAGACUAGAAAUGUUUAAUUGUUGA